AUGCCGUACAGACCGGGCCCCGUGCCUCUGGGCGCACCGCCUGCAACUCCUGGCCGUUAUCGCGAUUUCUUGAAAGCAAACGGCCUUCUCGACACAAACGCACGCGCGUCUUCUCCUCCGCAGGCCUCUCUUUCUCUUCCUUCUCCCGCCAAACAGCCUCACUGCCCGACUGUCGCUUCCGCUCCGAGUUUCCUUCGUUCUCCCUCGGCCUCCGUCGCCGGUUGCUCUUCUUCUUUCGUCAGAGAAGAACCGCCGGCGAGAUGCGAGAGUGAUGCCUUCUCUGGCCUUCCGGAAGAUCCGCCUUCCUCAGGUGUGUAUACACCUGAAAAGAUGCGACGCUCUUCCCUUCCCUUCCCGGAAGAAGCGCUGAGAUCCGCUGACCCGGUGCUCCUCGAUUUCCUUCAACACCUCGAGCAGUUGUCUCCGGCGCAGAGACGCUUCUUGAUGAGCCCCUACCUGCCAGAACGCGAUCGCACUCCUGCCGCCGUGGGAAGUCCCUUCCAAGAAAGUGGAAAACUCGAAUUCUGGACGCGAGAAUGGACAGUUGAAUUCAUCCACUGGCUGCGCACGGCCCAGGCGCCUAAGGAAGGAAAUUUACUGUGCUUCCUCGGCUACCUUCUCAGUCGUCCUUCCUCUUCUUCCUCGUCUUCCUCUUCUUCCACGUCUUCCUCUUCUUCCACGUCUUCUUCCUCUUCUUCCUAUUCAUCUUCCUCCUGUUCCUCUCCUUCCUCUUCUGCCUCUUCUCCCGCCUCUCGUCUUCGAGUCAGUUUGUGUCACUUGCCGAUUUCUGCGAUGAGUUCGUCUUUGCCGUUGUCUUCCGAUCGAACGGAGGAUCAGGUCGGGAGAGACGCAGCGAGGACAGGAGACGCCCCUCAAGCGGCCGAGCGGAAAGAGUCUCUCUGGCGUCGUCUUCGCCGCCUGUGGUGGAAGUUGCGGGAGACGCCUGCGCGAGACACCGCACAACCCCACCUGCUCAGAGUUGUGAAACUCACAUUCCGCGACACAGAACUCGCGGUUACACAAACCGAGAAAAGCGGAGCUCUCUGUCGCCAUGCGGCGCGCCAGCUCACGGCGUCAGCAGGCCGACUGCGCGAUAAGAUCGCCCACCUCCGGAACCAGGUCGUCGCGGCGGCGCGCGGUGGAGACCGCAAAAGUGCGUCCCACCUUCUUCGCUUCCUCAAGCAAGUGGAACAACGCCGCGAUGAAGUUGACUUUCUUCUCUUGCAGGUCGAGAAUUCUCUCGGCUGCCAGGCUCGCAUCCGGUCGCUCAGCGUCGUCGCGGAAACCCUGGCCGAAAACGAUCAGGUUCUCGAAAGUCAUCGACAAAGCAGUGCCGCACUACUCGGUUUGUCUCCCGAGAGCCUCACGGCCACGAUCGCAGAAACGCGAGAGACGCAAGAGGCCGUUCAGCGCGUGGCGGAUACGUUCCAAGUCUUCAUCUCCCCGGGUGUAUCUCCAGCGGACGCCGAUGGAGCUUUGAAUGCAGAGUUGGAAGACCUCGAGAGACGCGUUCUUGAAGAGAAGACGGCGUCUCUUCUCUCUGCCUUGCCCGAGGUUCCUCAGGCGCUGUCUCCUCUCGCUUGCUCGCCGCUCCGCGUUGUCUCUCCCCGCCGCGCGUCUCCGUUCCUCCCGCGAGUUGCACUACUCGCAGGCCGCAAGACAAGCGCCGCGCGGCCGACAAGGAACCUUCCAGGGGGUCAAAAACGCACAAAUUUGUCGGUUUCUUCUCUUCGGCCUCCCUCUUCGAUCCAAACAAAGUACAGAAAGGGAAACAACCAUUCCACCUCUCGCCUCGCCAAACGCAGACAACCGCCGCUCCCCUCUUUCCCGUCUUCCGCGUUUAGACAUCCACAUGCUCUAAACACAGAGAGAACGCGCGAGUUUACCUUAGGCAGUCUCGGCUAG